ACUCACCCUCGAGCCCGACUAUAUAUAUUGUUAUUAAUGCAGUUCGUAGUACCAUACUCGAAUAUACCACUAUUCCUCUGUGUUGAUAUUCAUAUCGCUACAACAAAUGAUGCAUUAUCUUCAACUGUCAUCACGUAUUUGCAUGCCUUCUUGCAUUUCAUCACAACCUAAAACAAUCUGGACCAGUUCAACGUCUGGAAAUGAGAUGAGAGUUGGUCAUUGCACAAAAGUCUCACGCAGUGUCAAUAUGGAGAACCUGCAAAAUGAAUAUCUGUUUCCGGAGAUAUUCAUGCGCGAGUUUGUGCAUACUCAGAAGUACCCACAUGCAAGAUUAAUAAGACUUGGUGUUGGUAAUACUACAGAACCUAUACCAGACAUAAUCACAUCUUCUAUGGCUGAGCAUGCACAUGCUCUAUCAACAGUUCGAGGUUACAGAGGGUAUGGAGCUGAGCAAGGCCACAUGGAAUUAAGAAGGGCAAUUGCAGAAAAAUUCUACAACAAUAUGGGCAUAGAAGGCGACGAGGUUUUUGUAUCAGAUGGUGCACAGUGCGACAUUUCUCGCCUUCAGAUGCUUCUGGGAUCCAAUGUGACAGUAGCUGUGCAAGACCCUUCGUUUCCGGCAUAUAUAGAUUCUACUGUCAUUGCCGGUCGAGCUGGCAGGUUUCAAGAGGAAACUGGGAAGUAUAAGAACAUUGUGUACCUGAACUGCAGGCCUGAGAAUAAUUUUUUUCCUGAUCUAUCAACUGCUUCAAGGGCGGAUAUCAUAUUUUUCUGCUCUCCAAACAAUCCAACUGGCAAUGCUGCAUCACAGCAGCAACUAAAGCAACUGGUGGAGUUUGCAAAAGCAAACGGAUCAAUAAUAGUUUAUGACUCCUCCUAUGCUGCUUAUAUAUCUGAUGACAGCCCGAGAUCGAUUUAUGAAAUUCCUGGGGCCAGAGAGGUUGCAAUUGAAGUUUCAUCCUUCUCCAAAUUUGCUGGGUUCACAGGGGUCCGCCUCGGAUGGACGGUUGUCCCUGAUGAGUUGUUGUAUGCAAAUGGAUUUCCUGUCAUAAAGGACUAUAACCGCAUAGUGUGCACCUGCUUCAAUGGUGCAUCAAAUAUUGCCCAGGCUGGAGGGCUAGCAUGCCUUUCUGCAGAAGGUUACCAGGCCAUAACCACAGUGGUUGACUACUACAAAGAAAAUGCAAAAAUAAUUGUGGACACAUUCAGAUCACUUGGGUUGAAGGUGUAUGGUGGCAAAAAUGCACCUUAUAUAUGGGUACAUUUUCCAGGGUUGAGUUCUUGGGAUGUAUUCAAUGAAAUUCUUGAAAAGACAGACAUAGUGACCAUACCAGGAAAGGGAUUUGGUCCUGGAGGUGAAGAGUACAUCAGAGUUGGUGCUUUUGCCCACAGAGAAAGUAUAUUAGAAGCUUCAAAAAGGCUAAAAACUCUUUUUUAACUUGAAUUAUGUCAUAAAUAUUUGAACCCAGUCGACAGGUACUUGGAGCAAGAAUGACCAUCUUCCUGGAGAACUUUAUUGGUUCAUGAGAUGAAUUAGGAUUGGACAAUUAUCUGGUGCUGAUAAGGAAAAAUCUAAUUGAACUGUAUUGCAUUGUUCAUAAGAUUUGUUUCUUCUCAGCCCAUUAUUGGUUGUGACUUGAAUAAAUUGUAUUUGUCCUCAUUCAACAUGGCAUCUUGAAC